CAGAGAGAGUGAGAGUGUGUGUUUGUGUGAGAGAAGAGAGAACCCAUAUAGAAUUCACCCCUCUAAAAGGUUGUCUUGUCAGGAUUCGGACUGCUCACUCAGAGGCCUCGCGACUCAAUCUGCCAGGAUGCCCAAGGUCAAACAGCAGAAGCGCAAUAGCGCUUCGAAGGCCAGUCCCUAUGCCGAUGCGGCGGCAAAGACGAAGGCCGCCAACACCGUCUUCAAGAUGAAUACCGAUCUCGGCCAGCACAUUCUGAAAAACCCUGGCGUGGCUCAACGAAUUGUUGACAAAGCCGAGUUGAAACAGAGCGAUGUGAGUCGUCCACAAACUUGGCCCAUGUACCUUACAGAUUUGCCUAACCUGGAGGGGCUUUUUUUUUUAAUAGGUUGUUCUGGA